ACAGGAGAGAAGGAGAGAAAGGGAGCGCCGGGACAGCACUGCAACAGCUGCAGCUGCAGCAGCCUGUCAUUAGGGAAGAGGGAAAGAAAGAGGAGAGGAAGACGAGGCUGCAGGAUUGCCUAAAAGGAAGCACUGUAUGUGUGUGUUUUUUUUUGCACAAGGAGAAGGCUUUAAAUAAGGAAGCCCAGCUUUCUCCCUGCUGAUGCUUUUCUAUAGGGUCUCAUGCAGGAGGCAUGCUUGGAAAUAGUGUGAAAGGCCGAGAAGGAGAUUUGAAGAUGGAAAGGACGGAUAGCACAAAGGCAUACAGCCAAGCAGAUGGCAAAGGAGUUGGCGUGGCAGCUAAGAGGGCCAAGUCUGGAGUGCCCCAGAGCACACAGCGGAGUGAACUGAAGGUUUACCGGGCAGGCAGCUCUGAGGGCAGGCUACCAGUGCCCUCCAGUCUCCGCAAGCAGAGGUCUAUGACAAACCUGGCUGUACUCACUGAUGCAGAGAAGAAGUUGCACCUUUAUGAGCCAAAGUGGUGUGAUGACAUGGCCAAGCCUGGAGCAGGGCAGGCUAAGAUGGGAAAGCCAAAGACAGCGGGAGGUGGCAGCAAUGGUGGAGGGGCUGCCCCUCUCUCUCGAAACCUGUCCAAAUCUGAGCAUUCACUGUUCCAGGGCAAACCCAAGCCCUUCAGCCCUCUGGCUGCUCCCUCUGCCCUGAGCAAGCAGAGCCGCAUACCUCGUGGGCCUUAUGCUGAGGUAAAGCCUCUGAGCAAGGCACCUGAGGAUGGGAAGUCAGAUGAUGAGAUCCUCUGCAGUAAGGCAAAGGUCAGUGCAAAGAAGCAGGAAGCCGGAGCUGGAGGGGAGUCUGGUUCCAAAGGCCAGGGGGAGGAAGGAGGGGACAAGCCCUUUCUGAAGGUGGACCCAGAGCUGGUAGUGACAGUGCUGGGUGAUCUGGAGCAGCUGCUUUUCAGUCAGAUAUUAGACCCCGAAUCCCAGAGGAAACGGACCAUGCAGAAUGUCCUUGACCUUCGCCAGAACUUGGAGGAUACAAUGUCGAGUCUGCGGGGCUCCCAGCUCAGCCACAGCUGUCUGGACAGCAGUAACGUGGCCUACGACAGUGAUGAGACAAAUGCUCGCAGAAAAAAAAACCGCUCUUCACCUCUCUCCUGGCGCCACGGCCAGUCCAGUCCCCGUCUUCAAGCAGGCGAUGCCCCGUCCUCCACGGGUGGAGGAUACCAGGAUAGUAAGACUGGCUCCCAGUAUACAGCUCACACAAUGCCAGCUCGCUGUUCCAGCCGCCUCAGCAGCACAUCUCGCAUUGAGCUGAUCGAAGGCUUGGAUGUGGAUGACCCAGACCUCAAGUCUGGUUACCUGAGUGACACUGACCUCCUAGGAAAGAGCCUGCCGGAUGAUGAUGAUGAUGACAACCUGGCUAAUGGUUGGGAUGAGAGCAGCUCCAUCAGCAGCGGGCUCAGCGACGGUGACGGCGAUGGCUCGGAGAACCUCAGUUCAGAGGAGUUCAAUGCCAGCCUCUCUCUCAACUCCCUGCCGAGCACACCCCUGGGAUCCAGACGUAGCUGCUCUGUUAUGCUCCGCACUGAUGCAGAGAAACGGUCCUUGGUGGAAAGUGGGCUUUCUUGGUACAGCGAGGAUGGAAAAGUCAGCCACAAGCUCGAUAGCUGCAGCUAUGACACAGGGAGUCUGAAGACAGACGCCCCAAGCAAGUGGAGAAAGAAGCCUCCAAGCUUCAGUGAGGACUUAGGGGGUAAAGGAGAACUUAAGAAGCCUCAAAUGUUAGGUCAACCAGGGAGUUUCAAGAAGGGCCGCAAUCCUCCUGUGGGCGUCACCUCUCCCAUCACCCAUACAUCCCAGAGCCUGCUCAAAGUCGCAGCACCUAAAAGUGAGAAGCCACUAGACAAAUCCAAGAUUUCCAUUAAAGCAGCUGGUCUACAACGGUCUCGCUCUGAUGCUGGCAGGGACCAUCAUGGAGAGCAUCGCAAGCCCCCAUCAGGUUUAGUUAAACCUACUGCUGGAGCCUCGUUUGGGUACAAGAAAGCACCAACAGCCACUGGCACCACCAUUGCAAUGACAGCAGGGGGCGUCACUAUCUCCAGUGAUUCUGCUACUGUGGGGAAAAUCCCCAAGUCAUCUGGCAUCCCUGUGAAGCCUGUGGGAGCAGGAACACCCUCGGGUCGAAAGAACAGUUUUGAUGCCAGUAGUGAGCAGAGCUUCUUGGGGCCAAAUGCCCGAAACAGCAUUCAGUACCGCAGCCUGCCUCGACCAGCCAAAUCAAGUGCGUUCAGUGUGAUUGGUCGACCUGCGGCCCGGCCUGUCAGCGGUACCAUUGACCCCAGUCUGCUGAGUCUGAAACCUGUGCCCUUGGCUUCCACAGGCCCCAGGCUUAAAGAGCCUAAUAGUGGCAGCAGCAAAAUGGCUAAUCGAACCACCAUGGGUCCAGUGAACCAAACCGACAGAGAGAAGGAGAAGGAGAGAGCAAAGGCCAAGGCUGUAGGUGCUGAUAUAGACUGUGGUUCUCUGAAAGGAGAGGUGACUCACUCUGAGUCCACCGGAGAGUCUGCCGUGAAAGUGCACGGCCUGAGGCGGACCAGCAGCAGCAAGUACCCUGAGCUGUCAUCACCCACCACACCAAGGAUGUUGAACACCAAGUCUCUAGGUCGCCCGCCCAGCCUGGCUCACCUGGACAAGGUCAACUCCAACAGCCUUGACUCCUGUGUGACCAUCCAGGACCUCCCACCCAAAGUCCCCCCAUACUCCAAGCUUCAGGACUUAGCAGGUUCCCACACAGCUGCCCGCCUCACCCCCAGCCCAGCGCCCGUCCUCCACAUCGAUUCACCCAAUUCCUACACCAGCGAAAGCCUGAGCCUGAGUGGAUCACCGCUACUUUAUCCUAAGUUGUCUGGUAUGCACCGCAGCUUGGAGUCCCUGCCCCUCCAGAUGAGCGUACCCUCCACCACAAGGUUUGUCACAGCUGAGACGCAUGACAAGGAAGAAAGGGGUACAGGAACCUGGGGGGCCGGGAGCAGGACAUCCCUCAACCUCUCAGAUAGCUUACAAACUGAUAGGAAUACCCUGCCAAAGAAAGGCUUAGAACGCUGUGGCUCAAGCCUGUCGGAGAGUGAAGGAAGCAAACCAGGAAGGCGCCACUCCCACACCAUAGUCAGCAUGACAGAGAGCAAUAGCCCCCCUCAGCUGCCUUCUCCCACCCGCCCUCUCCACCCCUCCUCCAGCAAGGCUCCUCUCACCAACGUGGUUGCCCCAAUUUCCAGCGACACUCCAAGGAUAUCACGUUCCAACAGCACAGGCCCCCGUAGUGACUCCUCCUCUAUGGAUCUCUAUGGAUCCUCCCCUCUGGGUAGCAGCAUGUCUCUGGCUGACCGGCCUAAAAGCAUGAUGCGGUCCGGGUCGUUCCGUGAACCAGGGGAAGAUGUCCAUGGCUCUGUGCUGUCUUUGGCAUCCAACACUUCGUCCAACUAUUCCUCGAAUGAGGAGAGGAUACAAGGGGAGCAAAUCCGCAAGUUGAGACGAGAGUUGGAAUCCUCGCAGGAGAAGGUCGCCAACUUGACCAUGCAGCUUUCUGCCAAUGCUAAUCUGGUAGCAGCGUUUGAACAGAGUUUGGCGCUGAUGACAGCACGCCUGCAAACCCUGUCGGUCUCCUCGGAGCAAAAGGACUCUGAGCUCACUGACUUGAAAGAUACCAUCGAAAUUCUGAAGGCCAAAAAUACAGAGGCCCAGGAAAUCAUUCAGGGGGCACUCAGCAAUCCGGACAUCACACCUAAAGAACUGCUGAUCAAUCGUCAGAACUCCUCAGAAAGCAUCUCCAGCCUCACUAGCACCACCAGCCACUCAAGUAUGGGUGGUCUCAAGGAGCAGGAGGCCAAGAAGAAAAAAAAAAAGAGCUGGGUCUUUGAGUUACGCAGCUCCUUCAACAAGGCCUUUAGUAAGAAGGCCUCCAAGCCGUCAGGGCCGUAUGCUGACAUUGAGGAGAUCUCCACCCCAGAGUCCUCGGUACCUUCCUCCCCCAAGGUCCAUCAUGAUGGGGAUAACACUUCAUCAUCAAUAAAAUCCUCAGCAUCUGCAUCAUCAUCUGGACUCUGUGAAGGAGGUGAGGUGGUGGAUGAGAAGGUGGUGUCAGAGCUGCGUACGGAGCUCUGGGAGAAGGAGCGUAAAUUGACGGACAUCCGCCUGGAGGCGCUGAGCUCUGCCCAUCAGCUGGAGCAGCUGCAGGACGCCAUGAAUAACAUGCAGAGGACUGUGGAGAAACUUAAGACUGAGAAUGACCAGCUGAAGACGGGUGGUUUGUCCCCCUGUCCAUCUCCUGGACCCUCCAGCUCCGUCUCCCAGUCCUCAGGUCUCACUGCUUUAGGAAGCUCAUCCCCUCGACAGUCGGUAGCCAUGCACCUGCCCAAAAGCUACAGCAGAGGGCUGAAUGAGGGUAGCAGCUCAGAUGUCCACUCAGCAGAUUCUCUUAGCCUUUCUUCAAAAAGAGAUGAUCACCGUGUCAGGGUGGUGGUUUGUGUUACAGAUUUACACGUCUUCAAAGAUGAGGUGAAACAGCAGGAUUUCUUUGUAGGCACUCUGAGGGUGAACGGCAGGAUGGACUGGACCAUGCUAGACUCAGCGGUCAGCCAGGCCUUUAAGGUGUACAUAGCCAAAGUGGACCCCACUUCCAGCUUAGGCCUUUCUACUGACUCUAUCUACAGUUACAGUAUGAGCCACAUUAAGAGAGUGCUGGGAGGAGAAGCUCCUGAGACGCAGCCCUCUUGCUGCAUGUCCCGAGGCCCCAGCGGCAUCACUGUGGCACUGAAAGGUUUGAAGGAGAAGUGUGUGGACAGCCUGGUAUUUGAAACACUCAUUCCCAAACCUAUGAUGCAACACUACAUCAGUCUGCUUCUCAAGCACCGCCGUCUCAUCCUAUCUGGGCCGAGCGGGACAGGGAAGACCUACCUCGCCUCCCGGCUGGCCGAGUACCUGGUGGACCGCAGCGCCCGUGAAGUCACAGACGGCAUCGUGGCCACUUUCAACAUGCACCGCCAAUCAUGCAAGGAUCUGCAGCUUUAUCUUUCCAAUUUGGCCAAUCAGGUUGAUAGGGAAACCAGCGCUUCAGCAAUACCGCUGGUAGUUAUUCUGGAUGAUAUUAAUGAUCCUGCUUCCAUCAGUGAACUCGUCAAUGGUGCUCUCACCUGCAAAUAUCACAAAUGCCCUUACAUUAUUGGAACAAGCAACCAGCCAGUGAAGAUGACGGCAAACCACGGUCUGCAUCUCAGCUUCAGGAUGGUGACCUUCUCAAACAAUGUGGAACCAGCCAAUGGCUUCCUUGUGCGAUAUUUGCACACCAAUGAGGACCUGAUGAGGGUGCUAGACUGGGUGCCCAAACUGUGGUACCAUCUGCACACCUUCCUGGAGAAGCACAGCACAUCUGACUUCCUCAUUGGCCCUUGCUUUUUCCUGUCCUGUCCAGUCACAGUAGAUGAGUUUCGAUCAUGGUUCAUUGACCUUUGGAACCACUCUAUUAUUCCAUACUUGCAAGAGGGGGCCAAGGAUGGCGUGAAGGUCCACGGCCAGAAGGCGGUAUGGGAGGACCCAGUGGAGUGGGUGAGAGACACGUUGCCUUGGCCAUCUGCCCAGCAGGACCAGGCAAAGCUGUUCCACCUACCUCCCCCCAGCAUCGGCUCCAGCAGCCCCGGUCAGCCCUGUGAGCAGAGGCCUGACAAGGAGACCCCACCCAGCUCUAUGGAAUCUGAUCCUCUGAUGGCAAUGCUUUUGAAACUUCAAGAAGCUGCCAAUUACAUUGAAUCCCCAGACAAAGAAGAUCCUAGCCUGCCUAAACUUUGAACACAAAGCUUACACUUUAACACUUAGCACUUAGAUUUUUUUUUUCUUCAUUCACUGUACUGACACAGUGCACAUUCAGGAGCAAGUGAACUCACAGAAACGCUUGUCAUUCCAGAGGAAAGAGGCUGAAAGUGUAACCAGUUAAAUCCAAAUCAUUUUAACAUGUACAGUAUUUUCAAAACACUGUUCAAAAGUAUUGAAUGAAAUGUUCUGUUAAGUAUGGCCUAUACAGUAUGUGACUGGAUGACAUUCACUCCAGCUCACAUCCCUUUACCACCACUGUAGCCCUCCGUACUCCUAGACUGGUGCUAAUCGAUCACACUGUCUCAGCACUUAGACUUCAGGUGAUUUCUUAAACGGCACACAUAGCCUGUCCUGUGUUGUGCUGAAGUGCAUCAUGGGAUAUGGAGUGAUUGUCAUCAGGAGCUAAUCUCAGUUUAUGGUGACUCCUUUUGGAAAAGAGUAUGACAGCAUGACAGAUGCUACUGUUUAUUGCAAAGUUCUUUGGUACAUAUCUACUGUAUAAGUCUUUGAAGGCUAACUCUUAUACAUAUGCAAUCCUGAAUUUUACAACCCAAGCAGGUAAAACAAAUAAAAUGCCUUAAGUACAAAGACAUCAAUGUCACCUCAGCUUCAGCAGAAAAUACUGGUGCUUUCAUCAAUACCAUCCCAGUAGAGACAGUCAGAAAACAGCUAUUUCUUCAAUGGUUUACUUUAUUCAUUUCAAUUCAUAAUCUUACACUUGCUGUCAUACUCUUUUACAUACAACACGUAUUUAUUAGUGAUGUCAGUUCAUCACUUCGUCAUACACUUUUUUUCCAAGCAGUUAAUUUCCGUUUAUUAACUGCUUUAUGUAAAGCUGUCGUCACCCGUCAGUAUAUAUCAGGUAUUACAGACUUAUUACACAGGGAUAAUAUAGCAAACACCCUCUGAAGAAUUUAAAUCAAAAACUAUUUGAAUCCAGUUUGGGUUUAUUUGUCUUUACCGUUUAUCCAGGAACGAGUACAUUAGUUUAAAAUCUUUCCCCCUGUAUUCAGAGUAGUUACAGUAAUGUGUAUAUAAUGUGCAUACAGCCAGGCUACAUCACAUUUAUUUUAUCUACAUUAGGUGGUGCAAAUAUCUACCAUUCUGAACCAAAUACUGUACUUCAAUCAUGCAUAUUGACUGUCAAGUUAGAGGUUUAAGUUCAACUAUGAAUGUACAGAAAACACUUUUAAAACGGUUAGAGAAUAGUUUCUAUCAUCUAUUAGGUGCUUUUAAAAGAAGCCUUAUCUCAAAGCUCCACUGCAAAAUGUUUUUAGCAAUGGCUGAGUAAAGUGACUUGACAGCUGCCUACACCCAGUUCAUUUGCGACAGUUCAUGCACUUCACAACCAUUAACACUCUCCUGUUCAUCAUGCUUAUUACCAUCAUUUAGGUGCUUUUAAACAAACUUAGUUUUGAUCAAAGGUCAUGCAGAGUUUCAGGGUAGAUUAGCAAUGGAUUCUGUGUCAUUUCUGUCAAAUGCUGAAGAAAUAGAAGAUCUUAGAAUUCUUUUUUUUUUAGGAUGUUGUUGACAGUGUAAAAGACAUUAUGUAGAGACAGUGAGGUCAUGUCAGACAUUGGAUGGUGUGUGCUCAUGUUUUGUAAAUGAAUGUCCGACCAGCUGGGUGACAGCUUGAUAUGAAAGUUGAACAGUUUAAAUUGUCUGAGCUGCUUAUUGCUUCAUUAUUGCACUGUUUAAGGCUGAUAGCAAAACUUUAAGACACUCCGCAGCUCUGGUUGGUUACAUGUAAACUAAAAAAAUGAAUGAAUUAAAAACAUUACAGAGGAAAAGAUGCCAAGUGCUCAGUGAGUCUACCCCUGACCACAUGCCAACUGAGAAUAAUUUAUUGUAAAUAAUUCAGGUGCUUGACAGUAUUCUCCCACCCUGAUCUGUUUUUGUAGGUUAACAAAAACCAUCAGCUCGAGUUUCUCUUCUCAUUCACUGCUUAUUGUGCCUGUUGCUGUGUAGUAGCUGUGAUUUAUGUUUGCUUACUAGUGUAUGGGGACUAUGCAGCAACUUCUACUGGUGCUGGCAGUCAGAAAAUGUCUGAACUUCAGGAGUAUACGUAGUAUGUUUUCAUCCGGUCUGUCUUUGAGUUCUUAAUUUGGACCAAAAUUCACCACAGGAUCAAAGUGGAAGCUUGUAUGAGCAGGUGACACUGAGCCUUAAAGUGAGGAGGGUUUGUUUGGUGUUGCAUUCAGAAACAGGGUUCACAGAUGUAGUUAAAGAAAUUCAGCUGUUUGGAAGCUUUGUCUUUAAGUCUGUAUGAAUGGCAAUAAACGUUAUGUAACUGGAUAAUGGUCAAAUGACAAAAAAAAAAA